UACGCUAGGUUUCCCUUCUACAGUUUCAUUAGUCAAUUGCAUUUCUCUUGAAUUCACCAUGGUGCUUGACCCCAGCGAGAAGCAGAAGAAGAUUUUGGCAGCGAAGAAGAAGCUCAAGAGCUUCCAAGCCAAGCGCGCAGCGGCCGCUGACGAAUCCAUCAGACGCGCCACCACCGACGCACCGGCCAGCUCGCGUUCGCCGCUGAAGCAGCAAAUCAACGAGCAGCGCGAGCAGCUGCAGGCGGAGAAUGUGAAGUCCCGGGCUGACCUGCAGGCGUGCCAGACGCAGGCCAACGAGCUUGGUGGACGAGUCGAGGCAAUGGAGAAGGAGAUUGCGGGACUGAAUGAGGCAGCCAAGGUGACCCGUGGUGAACAUGAGGCAGCUGUGGCCGAUCUCGAGAAGAAGGCACGCGAGGCGGCCGAGCAGGCGGCCGACGAUCUGGCACAAAAGAGCGAGCAGCUGGAAGAUACCGAGUCGAGGCUGAAGAAGAGCGAGAGCUACAGCCAGGAGCUAGAGAACGACAAGGCGAAUCUGGACAAGAAGAUAGUGGGGCUCGAAGACAAGAUCGCCAGCGACAGCGCCUCUAUCGACGACCUCACAGCACAGCUGAAACAGUCGCAGCAAGCCCACGAAGAAGAGGACCGCUGCCCUAAGGAGCGCGAUGCCCGGGUCAAGCAGCUUGAGACUGAUGUCGAAGGUCUCGGCCAGCAGGAGAACACUGCCCUGACUGCGUCGCUGGAGCAGACACGCAGCGACCUUGGCGAGGAGACAGGGAAGCGCCAGACAGCCGAGGACCAGCUGGCUUCUGCCUCCCAGCGCAUCGAUGAGCUGACAGCCAACAAGUCGCAGCUCGAGGCUGAGUUGGCGGAGCGGCAGCAGGAACUGGCAGCUGAGCGCGAGUCGAGUGCAGCCAAGGAGCAAUCUCUGACCUCGCAACUCACAGCACUUCGGCAGGAGUCUGAGGAAACAGCAACAGCGCUCGCCGCGCAGGUUGCGUCACUGGGCAGCGACCUCGAGACGGCGCAGGCAGCAAACAAGGAGCUCACAGCUGCGGCGGCGGACCUCGAGACAAGGCUGGCAGCAGAACAAACAACCUCAAGUGACAGGCAACAGCAGAUCGCAGUACUUGAGUCUGACCUUGCACAUGUGCAGCAGGUUCGCGACAAUAUCCAGACCAAGCAUGACGCGCUUGGCAAAAAGCACAAGCAAAGCGUGGCCAAGAUCGAGGGGCUCGAGAAGGAGCUGGCGGCAACGCAGGAGAGCAAGCGUGAGGUCGAGGCACAGGCACAGGCAGACAGCGAGGCGAGUGAGCAACAGAUUGCCGAGCUGAACUCCACAGUCAGUGGCCUGACAGCGACGUUGGCGGCGAAAACGCAGGAGCACGAUAACGCAGUGGAGGCAUGGUUGACUGAGAAACAGGGUCUGGGGGAGCAGAUCUCGGCCAUUUCCGCUGAUCUGGCUGGCGAGAAGAGUGCCCGCGCAGCCCAGGUCUCCGAGCUCACCGACACCCUGGCACAGACCGCCGAGUCCCUACAGACCACUGAGACCACGCUGGCUGAAACCAAGGGCAGCCUGGAGCAGAUGACGCAGGCGCGCGACGCGACGCAGGCCGAGCUUGACAGCGUAACGUCCGAGCGCGACACGCUGAGCACCGAGCUGGCGUCGCUGCGCGCAGCCCUCGAGGACAUGCAGAUUGAGGCUGAAGCUGCCAAGGAGUCAUACGAAGAGCUGGCACAUGAGCACAAUGAGCUGGGUAAGAAGCACAAGCGGGCUGCGGCGCGCUGUGACCACCUGAGCGCCCAGCUUGACAAGGCGGUCGAGAGCACAAGGGCCUGGAUAACGGAGCUGCAUGCAGCCGGCGAGAAGCACCGGGAAGAGCUCGAUUCGUGGACAGCCUCGCCCCAGCUCUGACCGGCAGAAGGGACAUAGUUUGGCAUCGUAAUUGUCUUCGGCUUGUAGAGAACAAACAGUCAAUAGCCAAGAGGUUUUUGAUACUGC